AUGCACACCAACCUGAAACAAGCUAAAGUUAAAGGUAAACCAAAGCUUAAUGUAACAUGGAAAAGAGAGAGUGGUCUGAAUGCAUCCUCUGAGAUGAUACAGGCCAGAAGGGAGUGGUUUCCCAGUGGCAUCUCCAUUGGCCAGGAGUCUGUGGGCGGGGCUGAGUGUGACUCGCAGAGGGCGAGGAAGCCCUGGCUCCUGGAGGAUGCGUACCAGGCCUGGGAUGAUGUCAAAUUCUGUAUGUGUGAUGUUCAUGCUCUAACUGGGGAUCCUACCAAGCUCUGCAUUGUCCUGAAUGACACAAAGGUGGAAGGAACGUGGCUCAAAAGAUGGCAAAUAAGUAAAAUGCUCAUGAUCUUGGCAGUACGAAGGACACAGCUUUGGAUGCCCUUUUCUGGCAGCUUGCAGACACAGAAAAGAUCUCAAGCUGUAUUUGCAGCUGCAGCUUUCAGAUGUCUUCUGUUCUUUCCAGAUUCUCCUGGUAUCGAAGAAUCUGUCCUCAAGCUUUUUGCUGCACACAGCGUUACUGUGAAGACUGAGCAUACAGCAAGCAUCAAGGUACCUUUCAAGCCCAAAGUUACGUGGUUUAAAGAUGAUAUUGAGGUGGCAAGGCAAGAACAAAUGGUGAUGGAGAAAGCCAGUCACUGCAUCACAAUCAAAACCUGUCUGAGAGAAGACAGUGGUACCAGGUCGCUCUGGUCAGCUGUAGACAAACUAAAACCCCCACAGGGGAAAGCAGAGUUCCUAACACAUGGGGAAAAUGUUAAAAUGAGAUGGAAAGCACCCAAAGGCAAUGGAGGAAAACAGGUGAUUCACUUUGUCAUCAAGAGGAGAAUGGCUGGAGGAAAAAAAUCGCAGAUCAAAGUAGCAGUGGUGAAAAGCAACUACACCACUUUUGCUACAGAAAGAGAGAGGGAGGGAGGGAAAGCCUGCUAAUUCAGAAUAUGAACCAUCAACUCUGAGGACCUCAUCAAGCCGCUGGAAACUGAAGAAAUUUUUGGUGGAGAACCUAUUAGCCAGCAAGUUUUAAUGUGGUUUCACAGUCCUACUUCCCAUUGGUUUUGUCCUCUUCUCCUUGCCAGUCCCCAGAAGAACACUGUCCCCUGUGCUUUAGGGUGGACAAAUUCCAAGGAGCCUCUGAGACAGGUGUCUCAGCCUCAAGCUGUAGAUGUCAGGAAAGAUAAUCUCACCAUUACCAGGAACUUCCCAGCCCACAAUGGAUACUCCCCAGUGCAAGGUUACAUCAUAGAAAAAAGGAAGAAAGGCACCAAUCUUUGUGUCCCAACCACCGAGGAGCCCGUUCAAGGUCAGACCGAGAUUAUUGUCAGUACCAGAUUCAAAGUGAAAGUUUCCUGGAGGAUACAGAAUGAGUUCCGUGUGAUAGAUAUAAACUGUGGAGGCCUUGGACCUCUCAGAUACAUACUAAAGAUGAGAGCUGAGGACACCAAGAAAUGGAAAAAAUGCACCAAGAUCCCUAUUACUAGUACCACUUACACUGUGGGAGGCUUGCAGGAGAGACAAAUGCUGCUUCUGAACCUAGCUGUGAACCAAGCUGGUGUGGGAGGCACAGUGGAGUUACAGGAAGGAAUUCUAGGAGUGCCACCUUCAGUGGUACAGGGCUCAUCACCACCAGUGAUGUGGCAAAAAGAAGGCAUAUCAACAAGAGGGAGGUCAAGAACCAUCAUCCACAGCACCAAGCUUUCUGACCUGUACCAGAUUAUCCUCAAGAAUUAUUAUUGAGAUGCCCUUAACAACAUUUAAAUGCAAGUUGCAGAUUUCCCCUGGCCACCCAGUAAUCUACAGCUGGUUUAAGAAGUCCCCAACACUGUGACUAUAAAUGCUAGCUUAGAUGUAGAAGAUGGUUAGCAGACUGAUUAUGGUGUCCCAAAAUGUGACCUCAGUACUGUCAUGUGGUUCACAGCCACAGAGAAGGUCUGCAGCAAUAGGUACACCUUCACUGACCUGCACCGAGGAAGGAAAUACUUCUUCUCAGAGUGUUCUCACUUCAAAAUGGAGAAUCCCAGGAAGGACCAUUCUUCCCAGUUCAUCGCCCCACUGAAGAGCCACAGCAUGAGUCCUGACAACAACUGCGCCAUGAGCUGUGCUUUCAUCAGCAACACCCACUCAACAGUGACCCUGUAAAAGGGCAAUGUUAGCAUCACAUUCAAGUCUAAGUUGUGGGUCAACUCAAAAAGUAGCAUUGAUUUGCAUAUGAUCCCUACAACUUGCAGCUACAAACUGGUCAUCUGUGAAAAAGAUUAUAAAAGCCUCCUGGACACAGUGACAGAAAGUUUGCAGAAGCCAAAACACAAUAUGUAAUUAGUGGAACUAGCUCUGCCUAGUCCAGCAUGCAGAACAGCAUUGCUGUGGCUGCGUAUUUUCUUGUUGUUUGUGUCACUCAAACUGCAACUGUCCUUGGCUUUUAUAAUGGUCAAUUAAACUAGGUGGAGAAGUGGAGCUUCUGCUCAUCAGGGAUGCUUCUGGUGGUUACUCUUCUUUCCCUUUCGGUGGUUUUGGGCAGCAGGGUACAUGUUAAAUGUGAUAUUUCUAAUACCAUCUGCUAAUGUAUGUAAUAAAAGGAGGCAGACUACAGUUCUCUCUUCUAUGUAUCAGUUUGCUUCCACAAUGGUCAAGGAGAAUCCUGCUUCUGAGUUCAAGAGGAGGCUUGGGUUCUGUCCCCAUGUCUCCAGAUAGCCCAGCAGGACCUCCAUCAUGAUCUAGGCCUCACUGUGUCAGACUGUAUAUAAACAUAAUGUAAGCCGUAAAUUUGAAUUACUUAAAUACUUGCAAUACCAAGACAGUAAAUACCGUCUGCAAGUUUGUAAAUGAGGGAGACGCUUUGUGAAAGAGCUGGCUGUAGAAGGUAAAACUUGAGAUCCAGAAGGGUCCAGGAACUUCACUGCUAGUGACUAAGACUAGGUAAGGAAUUGCAGAAUAUCUGAGUGAUUGAAAGAUCAACAGAUUGACAGAUAGAUAAAUACACAUAUAUAUACACUAGUGCUGGUUCUUUUAAUUAGACUGAAUUCUUCCAGGAGCCAGUUGUGGAAUAAAAGCAUAGCAGUGACAAGCCACAGACACACACUCAGUCCGAUAAUAUUUCACCUUUGUUCCAUCUGGAGCUAGGAAGGAGGUGUGAGGAAACAGGAUGCUCCUCCCAGGCAGCUUCUAAGCUUUUGAAAGAAAUUACAAAAGACCAAAUUAAAGAAAGAGGAAAGGAGCAGCCACUUUUGCUUGCCGUUAACCCAUUUAGGCUGCUUUGAAAAGAAUUUUGUAGUAUUUCUGCCUGGUACCCAUUCAUUCUCACAUCAGGAGCCACUCUACUUCAGAAGUGGAACAUGAAGGACUCUGUUAUGCCUGCAAGCAGAUCCAUUUAAUGGACUGGGAGCAGUUACACGAUCUUUGUCUUUAUGCUAUAAAUCCUCAAAACCUGUUCCACUGGUGACAGAUGGCCUGGUUCAGGAUUAAUGAAACCAAAUAUCUGUGCCACUGCAUCAAACAGCUGACGAAUCAGAUCCACACUUAGAGAAAAAUGUCCAUGGCACCCUACUUUUUCCUCCUGGAAAUUUUUCUGGAGUGAGGAAGGCUAUUUGUCUGGGCUUUCUGGGCAGCAAGCAGCCUUCCCAGAGCAAUUCUUUGCAUCAUGCUGCCUUCUCCCUGGAAGUGUGGACAAAUGGCCAUUGUAUGUGGGACUGGCUGUAGCAGCAAGGGGCGAGUGUGCUUCAGGGCUCCACAUCCCAGAGCACCUGAGACGUGUUGUAACACAAGCCACGUGCCAUGAUUUCAGUGCUGCCUGGUUAUUUUGUGUUGAUGUGCUCUGUGGGGGUGCACGUGGCUGUGUUUCAGGGUUCCCCAGACAGGAAUACAGUGUUAGUCAGCUUCAGCACGGUGCUGAGUAGCUCCAGGGCAGAGCCUCCC